AUGGCCUUCUGGGUUUUUUUAGUGAUUGUUUCUUUCAUGACCCUAAUUUACAAGUACAUAACCUCCAAACUACUUGAUGACCUUAAAAAUAUUCAUACAAUUUCACUAUUUAGUAUACUUUUAGGCAUUAUUACGAAACAAGGUGGAAAAGACAAGUAUUAUUCAAACUAUAAAAAAUAUUUUGAAAAUGAUGGAAUCGUAAAGAUUUGGAAACGACAUAGGAGAAUAUGUAAUCCUGCAUUCAAAGCUUUACCAAUACAUCUCUUUGUUGAUACUGGAUUAAAGCUGAUGCGUGUUUUAGAAAAAAUAGAUGACAAGCCUGUUGAAAUUAGAGAUCUAUUGCAAAGGUUUACUUUAGACACUCUAGGAAAAGUCGCCUUUGAUUUUGACUUUAAUAAUCUUGGUAAUCCGAAUAAUAUCUAUGUAAAAACGUACAAUAAAGUCCAUGAAUUUAUUGUAAAUCCAUUAAGAUUUGUUUUUCCAAUUGAUUAUAUACCGGGCAUAAGACAACAAACCUUUAGUCACUUUAACAAAUUAAUUGGUUUGUUUAAAGAAAUCAUUAAAAAAAAGCACGAAGCUAUAGCUGCUGGAAAGUCUAAUGGAGAUCUUUUAGAGUAUAUGAUAAAGAAUAAUGAUGAUCAAAUGCUAUCAGAUAGCGAACUGAGAUACAAUUUGGCAGUUUUUAUGAUGGCAGGUCAUAAUACAACCUUAAACGCUUUAACAGCUAUAUUAUAUCUUUUAUCGAUUCAUAAGGAUGUUCAGGAAAAAGCUAGAGAGGAAAUAUUAAGAAUACUUGGAGAUAAUUUAACACCGUCAAUAGAACAGCAAAACUCAUUAAAAUAUUUAAAUAUGAUCAUUAAUGAAUCUUUUAGACUAUAUCCACCAGUCCCUAGCAUAUUUCGUGAAUUAACUGAAGACUUAAAGUUUAAGAACUCUGUAAUUCCAGCUGGAACAAUAAUUGAGCUCUUUUUAUAUGGAAUGCAUCAUUCUCCAAAGAUUUGGAAUAACCCUGAAAAGUUUUUGCCUGAAAGAUUUGAAAAUCAACACACAGGCGAAAAUAAUUUCUGGAUGCCUUUUGGCUAUGGAUAUAGAAUGUUAGUUUAA